UCUUCUUUAAUUUUCCUUUUCUGAGAAAUGCUUCUCUCUCUGUACCAGGAGCGUUUUCCCUGAGAAUUUCACCGGGAAAAAGUUCAACCCAGAAAAAAAUGUACUGUAAUUUGACAAGAACCCAAGGAUUUCCCAUGGCGAUUAGGGUUUCCUUACAACAAACGAAACUCAAAAGUUUCCAGUUCUCCAAGUCUUCGAAUUUACCAGCUAAGUGUUACGUAAACCCCAAAGGAAGCGCCUUUGCAGAUGUUUCGACUGGGUUUAGCUGCGGUAAGAGUCAAAGGAGUCUUUUAGUUAGUUCUCGUCUUAAAUCUGUGGAGCUUGGAAUGUUAGGGAAGCUUGAAAGUGUUAGAGACUUUUCGAGCUUCGAUUCACAGAGAUUUGGGAAACGAAGUAGUAAUUGUGGUAGAGGGAAAUUCGGAUUAGGAUCGAAAGCUUUCCGAGAGAAGAGAAGUGGCGGUAAUGGUCGUGGAGAUUCAAUUUGGGUGAAAUCUGAUGAGAAACCAGUGGAAGAGAGAUUCCAGAGAGCUAAUCGAUCAUCUUGGGAGAGGAGAGAUGGUAGAACUCGAAACGAUUCGGUUUCUAAUGACAGGAGAAGUAGAUUCGGUGCUCAUGGUGAGACGAGGAAUCGAGAUUCUUUUCGUCCUCGAGGAGAUGAUAGAGGCGUUGAAGCAGAAGAAGAAAGCAAGAAAGCUGGUGGAAACUCAAUUUGGGUUGCUAAUGAUAAACCUGCGAAAGACCAAUUGCCGAGAGCUAACCGGUCAUCUUGGGAGAAACAGGAAACAAGAAACCAGAACUCAUUUCGUGCCAGAGGUGAUAAUAGAAUCGCUGAAGUAGAAGACGAAGCAAUGAGUUAUUCCCAUGGAGAUGAUGAUAGAAUCGUUGAAGAAGGGGAGACUGAGCAAAUUGAAGAAGAACCAAAUGAUGCUAGGUGGCCUGAGAUCAGAAACAGGUUCAAUAGAUAUGAUGUUAGAGACCAAGGGCGUGACAAUGCAGCAUAUCGAAACUGGAAUAGGCAAGAGAAUUGGGGAAGGAAAACGUGGCAAGAGGCUACAGAGUCAAGCGUGCCUAGGAUGGUUGGUGAAGUGGUUUAUGGAGUAAGUCCAGUGUUAGCUGCACUCUCUGUUGGGAGAAGAGAGUUCUACGCUCUGUAUGUUCAAGAAGGUUUGGAUUUGAGUAGUAACAAUAGGAAAAAGAAAGACAAGAAAGGUUUCGAGAAAGUCUUGAAAAUGUCUGAAAAACUCGGGUUAGACAUAAAGGAAACUUCGAAGCAUGAUCUUAACAUGGUUGCUGAUAACAGACCUCAUCAAGGAUUGGUGCUUGAUGCUUCUCCACUGGAACUGGUGAAAGUGAAAGAACUUGAUCCGGUUUCACCAGAGGAUGAGAAAUUCUCUCUUUGGGUAGCUCUAGAUGAGGUCACUGAUCCGCAGAACUUAGGUGCGAUCAUAAGAUCGGCCUACUUUUUUGGAGCCACUGGUGUUGUGGUAUGUGCGAAAAAUUCAGCUCCUUUAAGUGCGGUUGUGAGUAAAGCAAGCGCUGGAUCGCUUGAAGUAAUGGAACUUAGAUACUGCAAAAACAUGAUGCAGUUCUUAGAAGCUUCUGCUGAGAACGGUUGGCGUGUGGUUGGUGGUUCGGUUUCUCCAAAGGCUGUUGCUUUGAACGAGGUUUUACCUGGUAGCCCGACAAUUCUUGUCUUGGGGAAUGAAGGAACGGGUUUAAGGCCAUUAGUAGAGAGAUCAUGUACUGAAUUAGUUCGGAUUAGCGGUAAUAUGCCUAGAGAUGUUGCAGUUGCAGAGUCUGAUGAUGCGGAAGGCGAUGGAUUCAGAUCUUUUCUAGCUGUGGAGAGCUUGAACGUGAGUGUUGCAGCUGGUUUGUUUCUUCAUCACUUGAUAGGAAAGAAAGCAAGUGUUUGAUUCCGUGGUGAGUUCUUCUAAGCAAUUUCAUUUUUGCACCAAACUUAGGAUCUGCUCUGUACUUGUAUUACUUUCUACUUUCAUUCUAUGAUUAUCUUACGAAAUUUGGUUGUCAUUGAUUU